CGUCCACUAAGGUGACCGUAGCGGCCUGGGCAGCCCAUCCACAUGAUCACAUGACUCUGGACAUGGACGCCGUCCUGUCGGACUUCGUCAGGUCCACUGGGGCGGAGCCUGGGCUGGCCAGAGAUCUGCUGGAAGGUAAGAACUGGGACCUGAGCGCUGCUCUCAGUGACUAUGAGCAGCUAAGACAAGUACACACUGUCAACCUGCCCACUGUCUUCAACGAGGGCCGUUACUACCGGCAACCGGACCACGACACCCCCCAGCACCUCAGCAAGGUGGAGCGGCCCGGUGUCCAGAGACAGGAGGACAACAUGCAAGAGAAGCGCCUGUCUCGGGGCAUCUCCCAUGCCAGCUCUGCCAUCGUGUCGUUGGCACGGUUCCACGUGGCCAGUGAGUGUAUCAGUGAGCAGUUCCCUCUGGAGAUGCCCAUCUACACCUUCCAGCUGCCUGACCUCAGCGUCUACAGUGAAGACUUCAGGACCUUUAUAGAGAAGGACCUCAUCGAACAGUCUACCAUGAUGGCCCUGGAACAGGCUGGUCGUCUGAACUGGUGGGCCACUAUGUGUACCAGUUGUAAGCGUCUUCUUCCUCUGGCCACCACGGGGGACGGCAACUGUCUGCUACAUGCUGCUUCUUUAGGGAUGUGGGGCUUCCACGACAGAGACCUGGUGCUGAGGAAGUCUCUGUAUGGCAUGAUGAAGAGUGGAGCGGAGAGAGAGGCUCUGAAGAGGAGGUGGCGGUGGCAGCAGACACAACAGAACAAAGAGUCAGGGCUGGUGUACACAGAGGAGGAAUGGGAGAGAGAAUGGAACGAGCUGCUAAAACUAGCUUCUAGUGAACCGCGUACACACAGCAGCAAGAACAACAACAAUACUGGGUUGUGUCUUGACACAGGAGUGGAUAACUCAGAGGACCCUGUGUAUGAGAGUCUGGAGGAGUUUCAUGUGUUUGUCCUGGCUCACGUGCUUCGACCAAUCAUAGUGGUGGCUGACACCAUGCUACGGGACUCAGGGGGAGAGGCAUUUGCCCCCAUCCCGUUUGGAGGGCUGUACCUGCCCCUGGAGGUGCCUCCUAACCUGUGCCACUGCUCCCCCCUGGUCCUAGCUUACGACCAGGCACACUUCUCUGCCCUGGUGUCCAUGGAGCAGAAGGACCAGCACCAAGAACAAGCUGUGAUCCCGCUGACCGACUCAGAACACAAGCUGCUAUCUCUACACUUCGCUACGGACCCUGGGAAGGACUGGGAGUGGAGCCGAGACCACAACGACAACAUCAAGCUAGCCAAUUUAAUCCUGUCUCUGGAAGCCAAACUGAACCUGCUGCAUAACUACAUGAACGUAACAUGGAUCAGGAUACCAUCUGAGACCAGGGCUCCCCUGGCCCAGCCGGAGUCUCCCACGGCGUCCCACGGGGGCGACGACGUCCAGUCUCUAGCCGACUCCAUGGACUCCGAUCGCGACUCCGUCUGCAGCAACUCCAACGUCAACAACGGCAAGGUCUCCGCGAAGGACAAGGACAAGGAUCCCAAGGAGAAGACGGAGAGGCAGCAACAGCGUAAAGACAAGGACAAGACCAGGACGGACUCUGUGGCCAACAAGCUAGGCAGCUUCAGUAAAACCCUGGGUAUCAAGCUGAAGAAGAACAUGGGAGGUCUGGGAGGGCUGGUCCACGGAAAGAUCAACCGCUCCAACUCUGGAGGCAAUGGCCGGAACAACGGAGGAAAUAACGUAGAGAAGAAGAAGGAGAAAAAGGAAGGAAAAGCCCGGAAGGAUGGAGGAGGAGGAGAGAAGGAAGGCCAGUCUGGGAGUACGUCGUUCUCCUCGGACAAGACCACCAGCCCGUCUCCCACCGAGCGUCCCCCAGGCGUGCCCUCUCCUCCUGGGGAACGGGACAGGGACAGGGGGGGUCUCCUGGCCAGGCUGGUGGGGGAUAAGGCCCUGUCGGAGCACUGGAAGUACAGCACAGACGUCAAGCUGAGCCUCAACAUACUGAGAGCCGCCAUGCAGGGCGAGAGGAAGUUCAUCUUCGCUGGCCUUCUCCUCACCUCCCAUCGCCACCAGUUCCACGAGGAGAUGAUCUCCUUCUACCUGACCUCCGCUCAGGAGCGCUUCUCUGCCGAGCAGGAGACCAGGAGGAAGGAAGGAGAGAAGAAACCUGCAGCAAACUCUACAACCACGACUACUACGACCAACGGGCCCUCCAACGCCCUGAAGAAACCAGAGCAGGAGAGCGCCCCUCACCGGGAGAGAGAGAGGGAGAAGGAAAGAGAGAGAGAAAAGGAGAGGGAGAGAGAGAGGGAGAGAGAGAGGGAGAGAGAGAGAGAAAGGGAGAGAGAGAGGGAGAGAGAGAGGGAGAGAGAGAGAGAAAGGGAGAGAGAGAGGGAGCGAGACACCCGCACCCCUCCUCCUCCUCCCUCCUGCCCUCCUCCUCCUACUCCCCUUCCCCAGGACUUCAUCUCUUCCCCAGCCAGACACCACCAAAGCCAUACCCCUCACACACCCCCACAGAUUGCCCUGAAGAUGCAGGGCCGCCACAGCCCCUCCCCCAACUCCUCCCCCAGCAACGGUGCUACCAGGAGACCGGGGUCCGUCCCCCCUGUCCCCAGGCCCGUCCCAACUACAGUCCCAGUGUCAGCCCACUACAGCCAUACCCCUCCCAUCCAGAGGUCCAGUAUCAUCCACCUGAGAGACGUCAACCUCCAGGCCCUCCAGGCACCCAGCUUCCAGCCGGACGACCCCCAGCCCAGCUACAAGCCUCCUCUGGUGGGCACCCUGAAGACCUGUGCCACUUACCCCCAGCAGAACCGCUCUCUGUCCUCCCAGAGCUACUCUCCAGCCCGCCUGUCUGGGGUCCGUUUGGGCACCGGGGUCAACCACACCCACCCGGGGGUCCCAGGCACCACGGAGCCCUACAACAUGCCUGGGGAGCACAAGUCCCAUACCUAUACCAACGGCUUCAACGCUAGCCACAUACAGGACUGUCUGGAGUUCGCCGACGCCGACGUGCCUCAGACCUGGGGGAGCAGUAGGGUCACCAGGACGGGUUCGGGGUCCGACAAGGUCAAAAGUCAGAUUGGUAGCGCCGGUGGGGGUUGCCUGGUGUACUGCCUGCAGCAGAGGAGAUGCAAGAGGGAGAAGUGCUCCUUCUACGGGCGGCCGGAGACAGAUAACUACUGUUCCUACUGCUUCAAGGAGGAUCUGAAACACAAGGAGAGGGAGGCCAAGGCCCUCAGUAGGCCUGGGUAGCCCCUGGUAACGCGCCAGCCAGAGGUGCUGCUACUCUAGAGCCUGGUGUGCUAUCUAUCGCACGACAGGUACUGCAAACCCCAGCUGCUGACAACGUAACACAACAGACAGACAGACAGAACUGUGUCCAUAGAGAAGGCGAUAGAACAGGUUCUACUCAAUAGACUGUCUGUGGACGUUGGUACAUCCAGACAGACAGACAGACAGACAUGCUCAGAGCCAGUUGAUCGCCUGCUCUGUUUAAAACAUUUGAUUCCUGUCACUUCUCCUGUCUUAGUGUACAGUACACUAGGCUACUGUAAAGGACACAACUACUUGAUGACAAGCAGGGUAGAUCUCUGUCCACUUAACAUCUUUGGCCAGCAGGAAUUUAUAACUUUGUUCGUUAAAAAAAAAAAUAAUAAUUGGUUCAACUUCAAUUUUUGGUUAGUUUUAUGGAGAAAUCUCUUGUGUUUUUUGCCCACAACUUGAAUGGCAAACUAAGAUAUAAUUUCAGGCAAAUACAGUACGCAUAAAAAUAGCAAUUGCAUUUGUGUUGUGCAGUGGUUCAAAACGGAAACUUAAAUCUAACAUCUAACUAAAAACUUCAACGUUUUUUAAUUUUUUAAUCAAUAAUUGUCCUAAUGGCAACUCACUGUGAACCCUUUCUGUUGUCUAUGCACUCAUGUUGGCUUCAGUAGAGAGUUCAAAUCCUCUGCUGCAGCUGAAAGACAAUAGACGACAACAGGCCGGAUAUUCAGUCAACUGCAAACAAACCCACACUAAGGAAAAUAGCCGUUUCGUGUGGUGAAAUUGCACUUUGUAAGUUAAAUUUGCCGUGUGCCCUCACAUUGAUUACCCGGUUUAAAUGAAACAACAACAAAAUCAAAUUGGUUUUAAUGAAUCGUACUCCUUAUCACAGCGAGGGCAGGGAUACUGUUUCAGUGCUAGUUUGAUUGGUCUGCCUCAAAAAAAAUGUUUUGUUUAAUGUUUUCCUCUACAUUCUACACGUCUUAGAUAAACCGAAUGUGUUUUCAUCAGCAGUUGAUUAUCUUGGUUGUUAUUUUACAGGUGCUCUCUGGUGUUGCUACCAUUAGGUUUUCACAUUUGAAUGUCUUAUCGUUCAUUACAACGUCAAAAGAACAUGAAAUCUCCUGGCCAAAGAUGUUAAAUAUAUAUAGAGAGAACGCUCUUCCAAACACUCCUGAAUAUAAUGCAGUUCGGGAUCCUUUUUAUGUACCUGGUUCAUGGACUCUCACCAUUUAAAAUGUAAAAAUAUGAUUUUGUAUUCAUUUGAGAGUUUUACACAACUUAAAUUAUUAAUUUGCACAUUAGAUACCAAUGUACAGUACAUAGCAAAAAUGAGGAACAAAAUAAGAUUAGUAUAUUGUGUAAAAAAAAAAAAAAAAAAAUCAGUUUGUGUGUUUUUGUGUAUAGAGAAUGUGAUGAUGGGGAAUUUACAAGCCAAGGCGAUACAAGUGUUAUAGAGAAAAUAUUUUUAUAUGAUUUUCACAAAAUGCCAUGAAGCAAUAUUUUGCGCUUUUUUUCUUAUGGACACCGUUUGUCACUUUGGUAAGUUACUUUAAGGGCAUGGACAUUAGGUGGUGGUGGUGGGGGGGGGAGGGGCCGAACGCAAAGCGUCGGUUGGUCGAGGGAGUUAUUGGACCGACAUCAUAUCAAGGGAAAAUGACCUGUCGUAUUGUCAUGAUUGUCUCAAUCAAUCUGACAUUGAAGGGCUGGUUGGUUUCAAAACGGGUUGAUAGAUCGUCGAUAUAUAUAUAUAUAUAUAUAUAUAUAUAUAUAUACACAACAUCCUUCAAGCAUCACCACAUUUACGAGACUCUACGGGCAUAUGUUACACCUUAUCCUGGUUGCUCCACUGGGCUGCGUAUUGCCGACAAAACUGUAACACGUAGUUAACCAGACGUUUUAAAUGUGAAGAGGGGAUAUUUCCUAGUUCCUGGUUCAUCACGAGUCAUCGGAAGUCACAGCAUGUGAUGACGGUGAUAACUAAUUGUUUUUUAUUCAUAUGUAAAAGCACAACAUAUAUUCAUUAAUACUAUGUUGUACUUCCACAGUGGGUAUCUGUCUGUCCCUACAAUGGCAUUAUGUUGUCCUAUAGUUUAAGGGUUAAAAGACAUACUGUUGAGAUUCAGGUUGCCUGUAUACAUCAUGUGUCCCAGAGGAGGAGUACUCAUCUAGGAUCAGGUCCCCCCCCGCCAGUCCAUUCAUUAUAGUCUUAACAAAGUUGAUCCGAGAACAGCACUCCUACUCUGGGAGACUUAAUGUCACCCAAACAGAACCCAUCCAUCCAGAGUCCUAUGGAAUAAACAGUAACGGUUAGAACCCAUCCAUCCAGAGUCCUAUGGAAUAAACAGUGGGAACAGUAACGGUUAGAACCCAUCCAUCCAGAGUCCUAUGGAAUAAACAGUAACGGUUAGAACCCAUCCAUCCAGAGUCCUAUGGAAUAAACAGUAACGGUUAGAACCCAUCCAUCCAGAGUCCUAUGGAAUAAACAGUAACGGUUAGAACCCAUCCAUCCAGAGUCCUAUGGAAUAAACAGUAACGGUUAGAACCCAUCCAUCCAGAGUCCUAUGGUAUAAACAGUUAUGAACAGUAACGGUUAGAACCCAUCCAUCCAGAGUCCUAUGGAAUAAACAGUAACGGUUAGAACCCAUCCAUCCAGAGUCCUAUGGAAUAAACAGUAACGGUUAGAACCCAUCCAUCCAGAGUCCUAUGGUAUAAACAGUUAUGAACAGUAACGGUUAGAACCCAUCCAUCCAGAGUCCUAUGGAAUAAACAGUGGGAACAGUAACGGUUAGAACCCAUCCAUCCAGAGUCCUAUGGAAUAAACAGUGGGAACAGUAACGGUUAGAACCCAUCCAUCCAGAGUCCUAUGGAAUAAACAGAACGGUUAGAACCCAUCCAUCCAGAGUCCUAUGGAAUAAACAGUAACGGUUAGAACCCAUCCAUCCAGAGUCCUAUGGAAUAAACAGUAACGGUUAGAACCCAUCCAUCCAGAGUCCUAUGGAAUAAACAGUAACGGUUAGAACCCAUCCAUCCAGAGUCCUAUGGAAUAAACAGUAACGGUUAGAACCCAUCCAUCCAGAGUCCUAUGGAAUAAACAGUAACGGUUAGAACCCAUCCAUCCAGAGUCCUAUGGAAUGAACAGUAACGGUUAGAACCCAUCCAUCCAGAGUCCUAUGGUAUAAACAGUUAUGAACAGUAACGGUUAGAACCCAUCCAUCCAGAGUCCUAUGGAAUAAACAGUAACGGUUAGAACCCAUCCAUCCAGAGUCCUAUGGAAUAAACAGUAACGGUUAGAACCCAUCCAUCCAGAGUCCUAUGGAAUAAACAGUGGGAACAGUAACGGUUAGAACCCAUCCAUCCAGAGUCCUAUGGAAUAAACAGUAACGGUUAGAACCCAUCCAUCCAGAGUCCUAUGGAAUAAACAGUAACGGUUAGAACCCAUCCAUCCAGAGUCCUAUGGUAUAAACAGUGGGAACAGUAACGGUUAGAACCCAUCCAUCCAGAGUCCUAUGGAAUAAACAGUAACGGUUAGAACCCAUCCAUCCAGAGUCCUAUGGUAUAAACAGUAACGGUUAGAACCCAUCCAUCCAGAGUCCUAUGGAAUAAACAGUAACGGUUAGAACCCAUCCAUCCAGAGUCCUAUGGAAUAAACAGUAACGGUUAGAACCCAUCCAUCCAGAGUCCUAUGGAAUAAACAGUAACGGUUAGAACCCAUCCAUCCAGAGUCCUAUGGAAUAAACAGUGGGAACAGUAACGGUUAGAACCCAUCCAUCCAGAGUCCUAUGGUAUAAACAGUGGGAACAGUAAGUGAUGGCAUAUCAACUAACUCACCUAACUGGUACAGUGUCUUCAUCUCUACAUAAUGGUCAGAUUGUAUGUAUAUGCAGAGCCGGGGCUUGAAUUUAUAGAUCUGUCUAUAGCAAGAUGGCAGGGUGUGUGUGUGUGUGUGUGUGUGUGUGUGUGUGUGUGUGUGUGUGUGUGUGUGUGAGUCUAAUCUGAAAUACCUCAGUUGUCCUAUCCGGGGGUUUUGUGGUUGUCGACAAUGGUUUGGCAUCGACUUUCACGUCUUUGAUUUGCAAUAAUAAUAAAUUGUCCUUGUGUUCUGUUGUUGGUUAUAGAUCAGGGGUUCCCAAACGUCCCCCCUAUGGGCACAAGCACUGUUCAUGACACAAACUGUUAACACCCCGCUUGUUGGUAGAGAGAAUUUAGCAGAUUUAAAGCGUAUUUCCUGCAAUUCUACACAUUUUGUCACAGGAAAAUGUUGUCGUUUUAAUGCUAAUUUUCUUGCAAUUAUUUACAAAUUUGAUCACGUCUAAUGUGUAUUCAUGUGAUAUUUGAGUGACUCAAAAACUACAACAAUAUUUAUGAGCUAAAAAAAAAAAGUAAGUAAAAAAGACAGCCACGGGCUGAUUGAUCUGGACAUUCCUGACUAGUUAUAAACAUCUCUCUAAUGUGAACAAUGACUAACAUGACAAGAGGAGCUGAUGAUGUCAUAGCCCAUUUAGAAAUGUCACCUUGUACAUUCUACCAUUAUCACUUUCAGGAGGAGUAAGUUUAAAGCUGGACUGAGUUCCUUUAAAAAAUCUCUAUAUAUACGUAUAUAUAUAUAUUUUUAAAUGGAGAGGGGAGGACCACAUGCUGCCACUGCGGGGGCGCCGGGGCGCCCCGCCCCACAGUUUGGGAACCGCUGGUAUAGACGACCACCUAUUGUUUCAAUCAAUCAGCUGUGUUUCAGUACAAUGUCUAUAUGGGGUACAUGUCAAUGAAGCCAAAUGUUAAUUUUGUUAGUGUCUUAGUUUGCCCUACAUUGCAAUAACAACGAUAGAGACCUUUGAAAAUUGGACCAUCCAAACCUUUAUUCAAAGAAAGCACUGUUGUGAUAUUUAAAAAGGCAAGAAACAAUGCUUAACCUACUGUACCAGUGAGUGGAUGAGGUCAUGUGCAGCACCAAUACCUACCACUGAGUGGAUGAGGUGAUAUGCAGCACCAAUACCUACCACUGAGUGGAUGAGGUGUUGUGCAGCACCAAUACCUACCACUGAGUGGAUGAGGUGUUGUGCAGCACCAAUACCUACCACUGAGUGGAUGAGGUCAUGUGCAGCACCAAAACCUACCACUGAGUGGAUGAGGUGUUGUGCAGCACCAAAACCUACCACUGAGUGGAUGAGGUCAUGUGCAGCACCAAAACCUACCACUGAGUGGAUGAGGUGUUGUGCAGCACCAAUACCUACCACUGAGUGGAUGAGGUGAUGUGCAGCACCAAUACCUACCACUGAGUGGAUGAGGUCAUGUGCAGCACCAAAACCUACCACUGAGUGGAUGAGGUGAUGUGCAGCACUAAUACCUACCAGUGAGUGGAUGAGGUGAUGUGCAGCACUAAUACCUGCCACUGAGUGGAUGAGGUCAUGUGCAGCACCAAAACCUACCACUGAGUGGAUGAGGUGUUGUGCAGCACCAAAACCUACCACUGAGUGGAUGAGGUGUUGUGCAGCACCAAUACCUACCACUGAGUGGAUGAGGUCAUGUGCAGCACCAAAACCUACCACUGAGUGGAUGAGGUGUUGUGCAGCACCAAAACCUACCACUGAGUGGAUGAGGUGAUGUGCAGCACCAAAACCUACCACUGAGUGGAUGAGGUGUUGUGCAGCACCAAUACCUACCACUGAGUGGAUGAGGUGAUGUGCAGCACCAAUACCUACCACUGAGUGGAUGAGGUCAUGUGCAGCACCAAAACCUACCACUGAGUGGAUGAGGUGAUGUGCAGCACUAAUACCUACCAGUGAGUGGAUGAGGUGAUGUGCAGCACUAAUACCUGCCACUGAGUGGAUGAGGUCAUGUGCAGCACCAAAACCUACCACUGAGUGGAUGAGGUGUUGUGCAGCACCAAAACCUACCACUGAGUGGAUGAGGUGUUGUGCAGCACCAAUACCUACCACUGAGUGGAUGAGGUGAUGUGCAGCACCAAUACCUACCUACCACUGAGUGGAUGAGGUGAUGUGCAGCACCAGUACCUACCUACCACUGAGUGGAUGAGGUGAUGUGCAGCACCAAUACCUACUACUGAGUGGAUGAGGUGUUGUGCAGCACCAAUACCUACCAGUGAGUGGAUGAGGUGUUGUGCAGCACCAAUACCUACCAGUGAGUGGAUGAGGUGAUGUGCAGCACUAAUACCUACCACUGACUGGAUGAGGUCAUGUGCAGCACCACUGAGUGGAUGAGGUGAUGUGCAGCACUAAUACCUACCACUGACUGGAUGAGGUCAUGUGCAGCACCACUGAGUGGAUGAAGUCAUGUGCAGCACCAAUACCUACCACUGACUGGAUGAGGUGAUGUGCAGAGUUUUGUCUUACCUUGUGAGAGGUAGUGUGUGGUUCAUAUAGCCCAUGCAGUGGGAUGUGUUCAUCAUAUCUUAAACAAUUAUAAUAACAAUCAUUUAUACCCGU